AAGCAUCAGACCCCAGCAAUGCCUAGUAAGCACACAAAGCCAACCGUGAUGUGUUUUGGCUCGAAGACUUCUUCUAGUGUUCUUCUAGUGCACACAGUGUGUGUAUGAGCGCUGCACAACUUGCUGUUGCAAUGCAUGUGUUUUCCUGCUUUUGCAGUCACUGUGUUCAGAUGUUGGGAUGGUUUGAGUACCAUGGACACGUCUGCAUUGUCUUUGAGCUCCUGGGUCUCAGCACCUUAGACUUUAUGAGCAACAACGACUUCUUGCCAUUUAGCCUGGACGACAUUAGACACAUGGCUUAUCAGAUCUGCACCUCUGUCAACUUUUUGCACAUGAACAAGUUGACACAUACAGAUCUGAAGACAGACAAUAUUGUCUAUGUGAACUCUGACUAUGUAGAAGAGUACAACCCCACACUGAAACGUAAGGAACGCAGACUGAGAAAACCAGAUAUCAAACUUGUGGAUUUUGGGUGCGCCACUUAUGAUCAUGAAUAUCAUCGGCCUUCGGUGACCGCCAGAGCUUACAGAUCUCCCGAGGUGGUCCUAGAGCUCGGAUGGUCACAUCCAUGCGAUGUGUGGAGCAUAGGAUGUACUCUCCUGGAAUACUACCGUGGAGUCUUAGUAUUUGAGACCGAUGACGACAUAGAACACCUGGCAAUGAUGGAGCGAUUACUGGGCCCUUUGCCAGAUCAAAUGAUAAAGAGAGUUGUGUCUUCAAAGAAGGAGAAGUAUUUCUGUAGUGGCCGUCUGGCCUGGGAUGAACACAGUGCAUCUGGGCAAUAUGUCUCAGGGUGCUGUAAACCCCUGAAGGAAUACAUGACGUGCCACGAUUCUGACCAUGAGAACCUGUUUGAUCUGAUUGGGAAGAUGCUGGAGUAUGACCCAGCCACGUGCAUUACUCUGGAAGAAGCGCUGGAACAUCCUUUCUUCCUCCCAUUGAAGCGGGAGAAAAGGGCACGGCCUCCUACAUCUGAGGCAGGCAAACGUCUCUGUCUGCCUGGUAAGUGUAAACUAUGUUAAGUGCUUAUUUUUUGUUUGUGUAUCUUAGGUAUUUAUCUAUUGAUGCUGAAUUCAAAUACAUCUGUUGGAAUAAAAUUUAUUUAAGAAAAGGACAGUGAUGAGUCCGGUUGUGUUUUGCCAGUAAAACAUCUCAGGACACUUUUAUUGUGUGGACGAGAGCACCCUCUACUCUACAGGUCUGCCAUGGACCAGGAGGUAUUGAUUUAAUUAUGGUUUAUAAUAACUGUCAUUGGAAGACCAAAAGACUAGGGCUGAUGUUUACCCUUUAGUGAGUGACUGAUGCAUCUUUUCUGAGUAAGAGGACAGACACAGCCCUUGCUGUUAAGUGUGAGGGUGGCCUUUAUCUGUUGAAAGAAAAAAGUUAAACAGGAAGAAAGAUCCCUGUAGUAAUUAAAGAAAUUGCGCUGCGAUAAGGAAUUAUUAUUAUUGUUAGUUUUUGGUGGGGUACUCUGGUUACCAGUGUUCCUGUUUAUGGUCAUUGUCGGCAUACAGCAGUAGGGGCAGGUGACAGACUUAAGACAACAGCUCGAGGAGGCAAGGAGUCAGAGGGGACAGCUGCAGGAUGCUCUUAUGGAACAGCUUCUUGCAGACACCAGCGCCCACGAGGCAGGGUGGUCUAGGUCAGAAAACAGUGAUGCGCUCCCCUCUAAGACACGAAAUGGUGCAGUUUUCCUGGGAGAAGAGAACUGGACUGCUGAUUGGAUUAGAAGAAGCAGAGAGAAGUGUUCUCUGACAGUAUGACCUUGGAACAUCACACG